AUGGCGGCUAGAUAUCGGGACGUUGGUACGAAGGUAUACAUCGGUGACUUGCCCAGAGAGGCUUCCGAACGUGAACUCGAACGCAUAUUCCGAGAAUAUGGGAGAUUGCGUAAUGUAUGGGUUGCAAGAAACCCUCCUGGGUUUGCCUUUGUUGAAUUUGAAGAUGCAGCAGAUGCCAGUGACGCUGUGCGUGAACUUGAUGGAACAGUUAUGUGUGGUGUCCGCGCCCGGGUCGAAUUAAGUACUGGAAAGUCUCGACAGAAGCCUUGGGUGCGUGGUGGAGGUGGUGGUGGCGGCGGCGGUGGUCCUCGCAAUAGUGGGGGACGUGACAAUGGAUUUGGUCCUCGUCGAAUGAAACCGUUUGAUCCGACUGACAGGUGUUACGAAUGUGGAGAACGAGGACAUUACGCCUACGACUGUCGUCGCCGAGGAGGCGGUCAAGGAGCUCCCAACGGACGCGGCAGGCCCGAUGGCCGAAGAAGGUCGAGGUCCUUGUCGAACCAUAGAAGCUUUUCACGAAGCCGCAGUCGUUGA